AUGGGUGGUAUCACCCUCCUCAUGGCUGGUGACUUCAGGCAAAUGCUACCUGCCAUUCCCAGAGAAACAAGGGCAGAUGAGUUGAGAGCUUGCAUCAAGUCCUCAUAUAUCUGGCAACAUGUCAAGCAGCCUACUCUAACAACCAGCAUGGGGGUUCACAUUCAUGGUGACCCGUUAGCCACACAGUUCUCCAACAAGUUACUUGACAUUGGAAAUGUAAAACUUCCACAAGAUCCAGAAGAUAGUCUGCACCACCUCCCAUGUGGCAAUAUGACUGCCUCCCUUGAAGAACUAAACAGCAAGGUGUUUCCAAACAUUGCCACAAACUAUAAAAAUCACAAGUGGCUGUGUGAAAGAACAAUUCUGGCACCAAGGAAUGAUGCUGUACACAAGCUGAAUCUAAAUUUGUUGUCUCAGCUUCCAGGACCUGAAUGCUCAUACAGAUCAAUUAACUCUGUCCCUGAUCAAGAAUAG